AUGCUCCGGCGGAUGCUGCAGCAGCAGCAGCAGCAGCAGCAGCAGCAGAUUAGAGACAGUUGCAGCAGCAGAUGCAGCAGCAGCAGAAACUGCAGCAGCAGCAGCAGAAGACGCCGCAUCAGCAGCAGCAGAAGCAGCAGCACCAGACGAUGCUCCGGCGGAGAAUUAUCAGCAGCAGAAGCAGCAGCAGCUUCUGCUGCUGCACCUGCUGCUGCUGCUGCUGCUGCUGCCGCAUCAGCAGCAGCAGAAGCAGCAGCACCAGACGAUGCUCCGGCGGAUGCUGCAGCAGCAGCAGCAGAAGCAGCAGAUUGUAUAGCAGCAGGAACAGCAGCACUGCCGCCAUCAGCAGCAGCCGCACGCGACCUCUGCGAGGCACCCAGCAGCAGCAGCAGCAGCAACAGCAACAGCAGCAGCAGCAGCAGCAGCAACAGCAGCAGCAGCAGCGGGAACAACAGCCGCAGAAGCAGUUGGGGCGAUGCUGUAUUGGAUGGCUCGACAGCAGCAGCAGCUGUAGCAGCAGCAGCACCCGCCAAAGCAGCAGCAGCAGCAGCUGACAGCAGCAGCAGCAGCAGCAGCAGACAUAAGCAGCAGCAGCGCGUUCAUCAUGCCGCCACCGUUUGA